AUGAUUUGGAUGGUUGUGAGCAUUCAUGUUCCAUGUGCAAUAGAAAAUGUGAUUAUGAGAAUUAUUUAGAUAAGGAUCAUAAGCACUCGCGCAAAAUGGUCGUCAAUUAAGUGGUAAUUAUCAUUAAUGUAAAAAAGGUAUGAAUCAAUUUUAAUCAGAUCCUCUCCUCUCUUUUUACUUGUGAGGGAAUACUUGAAGAUGCAUUAUACUAAAUUGAAGAAAAUUGUAAAUUUAAAACUUGGAGAGAAAUAAAAUAAAUUAUAACACUUGGAUUUUCAAGGAUAUUUUAUCUUAAGAGCAAAUUCAAGAUAAUAAAUAAAGAAUGAUAGAAAUUUAGAAUGGUGGAGUAGGUUAGGGUAUUUGUGAAUAAUUAUCAAAAGAUCUAAAUUAAAAAAUCAUAUACUUAAAAAGCAUGAACUUCCUAUCCAAUUAUAGCAUAGCUCAACUCAUUGCAUUUUCAUGCAAGUUGACUCUGGAUCCCUAAAUUAUCAUUGAAAUUCAGUUAAGCAGUGCCAUUAAUCGCAAUUCAAUUAAUUAAGUCAGAAAAAAAUGUAAAUGCUGA